AUGUCUGCUCCGAAGGGCCCCUUCCGUCUUGUGACGGUCAACACUGCGCCCGAGCGCGCCAAGCGCCUCAUCGGCCGCCUUGCGGACAUUCUCAAGGACCGCUACACCAUCAUCCACGUCGACAACUGCGAGAAGAUCGAAGAGGUCGCGCCCAAGGUCACGGAGCACAAGCCGGACGUGCUAUUCAGCGCCUCCAUGUGGACUGCCGACGAGGCCAAGCAGAUCCACGACAUUGCCAGGUCGAUCGUCCCUGACAUCAAGCUGCACGCCAUUCCCACCGGCCUGCAGGUCGAGCGUGGGCCCGACGCCAUUGUCGAGUACCUCUGCGAGAAGGUCCCCGUGCUGCUGGACAGCUAG